GGGAGUGGGCACAUGGGGGCACGGGGGUGCAGGUGCCAAGCACCAUGGGUUAGGCCCGAGAUUGGAGUCCGGCCGCCCCCCGACAGCAGCCGCCUCCUGCUCCCCGCGCGCCCCGGGCGCCACCAUGUCGGGCGACAAACUCCUGAGCGAACUUGGCUAUAAGCUGGGCCGCACGAUAGGUGAGGGCAGCUACUCCAAGGUGAAAGUGGCCACCUCCAAGAAGUAUAAAGGGACGGUGGCCAUCAAGGUGGUGGACCGCCGGCGAGCGCCUCCGGACUUCGUCAACAAGUUCCUGCCUCGAGAGCUGUCCAUCCUGCGGGGAGUACGGCACCCGCACAUCGUACACGUUUUCGAGUUCAUCGAAGUGUGCAAUGGGAAGCUGUACAUCGUGAUGGAGGCAGCAGCCACCGACCUGCUGCAGGCAGUGCAGCGCAACGGGCGCAUCCCGGGGUCGCAGGCGCGCGAACUCUUCUCGCAGAUCGCGGGCGCCGUGCGCUACCUGCACGACCACCACCUGGUGCACCGCGACCUCAAGUGCGAAAACGUGCUGCUAAGCCCUGACGAGCGCCGCGUCAAGAUCACGGAUUUCGGUUUCGGCCGCCAGGCGCACGGCUACCCAGACCUGAGCACCACCUACUGCGGCUCGGCCGCGUAUGCGUCACCUGAGGUGCUCCUGGGCAUCCCCUACGACCCUAAGAAAUACGACGUGUGGAGCCUGGGCGUUGUGCUCUACGUCAUGGUCACCGGGUGCAUGCCCUUCGACGACUCGGACAUUGCUGGCCUACCCCGGCGCCAGAAGCGCGGCGUGCUCUACCCUGACGGCCUCGAACUGUCGGAACGAUGCAAAUCCUUGAUCGCCGAGCUGCUACAGUUCAGCCCGUCUGCCCGGCCCUCGGCGGGCCAGGUGGCGCGCAAUGGCUGGCUGCGGGCCGGGGACUCCGGCUAGGAGCCGGGGUUCUCGCUGUUCCCGCCGCACCAGGCACAGAGCCAGGGCGGCGCACGCGCGAAGGGCGAGCUUCGGGAAACCCGCGAAGUCGCCGCGCGCCACUGCGCACGCGUCCUGUCCCUUCCCCUUCCCCCACGGCGGCGGCCCUCUGAGGCCUGCUGUUGGGUUCUGAUUCCUCCUGCACAAACUGAUUGCUGGAGAGCGCAUGCGCAUCCUCGAUUUCUGGCGAGAAGGCCCCGGGAGGGGCGCAAAGAGAAGAGAGAGAAGCAUUGCGCCUGCGCAGAAUGAGCUGUUGCACGGUGGGUUGCCAUGCUACAGAGAAACCGUGGGCCAGCCGUGCACGCUAAGUUCCAGGUUGGAACCUGCAAUAAAUUCGCUCUUCCUUGCAA